UGCCUUAAUGAAGAGCUCGGAGUCGGCCUGAGCCACCGAGGGGUCCCGCGGCACCGGCCCCCCUCCCCCCGCGCCCCACGCUGCGGCUGCCGGGACGCCCGGCCCCGGGGGCGGGCAGGCAGCGGGGCCGCCCCCAGCGGAAGCGCUGCCGGUGCCGGCGGAGCCACGUCAGGGGGCCGGGAUGCGGGGAGGGACGCGGGCAGGGAUGAUGCGGGGCGGCGGGAUGCGGGGCGGGAUGCUGGUGCUGGUGCUGCUGUGGGCGCUGCGGGCCGGCGGCACCGAGCUGACCUUCGAGCUGCCCGACAGCGACAAGCAGUGCUUCCACCAGGAGCUGGAGCGCGGCCUCAAGUUCACGCUGGACUACCAGGUGAUUACCGGGGGACACUACGAUGUAGACUGCUAUGUGGAGGAUCCCAACGGCAGGACGAUCUACAAGGAAACCAAGAAGCAAUACGACAGCUUCCCGCACCGUACUGAAGUCAAGGGCGUCUACACCUUCUGCUUCAGCAAUGAGUUCUCCACCUUCUCCCACAAAACCGUCUACUUCGACUUCCAGGUGGGCGACGAACCACCGAUCCUGCCUGACAUGAGCAACCGCGUCACUGCGCUGACACAGAUGGAGUCCGCCUGUGUCACCAUCCACGAGGCUCUGAACACGGUGAUCGACUCCCAGACUCACUACCGCCUGCGGGAAGCACAGGACCGGAGCAGAGCUGAAGACCUCAACGGCCGGGUCUCAUAUUGGUCGGUCGGGGAAACCCUCAUCCUCUUUGUGGUCAGCAUUGGGCAAGUGAUGCUGCUUAAAAGCUUCUUCACUGAGAAGAGACCCGGCAGCGGCGUGGCCAGCACCUAGAUCCACAGCUGUUUGGUGCCCGAACUGCGAGGGGGAGCAAGCCGUGUUCUCCUGGGUCAUGCUUUACCUCCAUUUUCUGCAAGGUGCUGCCAUGGGGAGGUGGUUGGGUGGGAGCAGGGGAUGACACGAUGCUGCUGAGCCAGGUGGAAUAUGGUCACCCCUGUGCGAGCAUCCCCCGGCAAAUCUUCCCAGCAUCACCUCCCACUUUGCCAUCUCCUGCCCUGUGGCCCCGUCCCCUCGCCUGGCCGGUCUGUCCCUACUCACCAGCUCCACUGGGGAAGUGGGUGGGUGUGCUGGACCAGCAUCAACACUGGCCCCUUGUCCGACAUCUGAUGCACCUUCCGAGCCCGAUGUGACUGCAAGGUGCAGCCCAGCAUCUGUCAAGGCCAUGUGCUGCCCACACACACCGAGCGGGACAGGGAGCUCUGCCCAGGCCAGCGAGGGGACGGGGCAAUGCGGACCCACCCAGUGCCCACCUCCCGAGCACUCCUGCACCAAGCCAAGUGCUGUUAGCCCAGCAGAGAGCUGCCCUGUGGGCUGUGGGCUCUGCCUGCAGGCAGAGGGGUGGGCACAGCCCCUCCUUUUUCCCCCAGGGCAGGCAGGGUGCUCCCCACAGCUGGGCCAAAGCUGGCAGCAGCAUCCCAGGAGCUGCUGGAUCAAAAACAGAGGCAAAGUUUCAGCAGGGGCUUUUUGUCUGGUGCUUUACAUUGCUUUGCAAGCCCCUGUCCUCACAGCAAAGCAUUUCCCAGGCCUUUCUCUGCUGCAGGAGCAAGUAGCUUACCCUGUACAGGAUGGUAUUUUCAUACUUGCAGGAGUCCAUGCCUGGGCCUUGGUCUCCGGCGCAUCCCGCUGUGCCCAGCAGACAGUGGGAGUGGGCACAGCUCAGCCCCACCUGUGCUGAGGAAGCCCCGUCCUUGCCCUAGCAGCAUCAAGGACCCCCCAUGCCCCUGGGACUGUGGCCCCAGUCCAUGGAGCCCCACAAAACAGAGACCCAUGUGAGAGCCCUUGGGAGACCACCCUGUGCCAGACCCCAGGGAGACCAACAUGCCAACCACUGCCACCAGCCCUCGAGCGGGCACAGGAUCAAUCCUCUGGAGCCGGAGCAGCACCACUGGCAUUUUACUUUGCCACUUCGUAAUAAACCCCUGCGACCAUG